CUGCACAGACAGCGGCUCUGCGCCCCGUCUGCACACAAAUCAACUCUGACACUGAUUGGAAAAUGAAUUCAAGGAAAUAUAUUUGGAAAUGUAUAAACGGAAUUUAUAUAGAACAGCACUAGAAAUAAAAAUAUACCAGCGACUCUGAAUGAGUGGCCAGAGUGGUCCACCAUCAUACUUUAUUUCCAGGCUUUUGCUGAAAAGGUAUUAGACAUGUUACAGUUCCACAAAGUGUUUAUUUCAUUAUAAUGGACUUUUAUGCAGCUUCUUUUUCGGGUCUCCGUCUGAAGUGAAGGUUCAUUUUGGCUCAUGAGCUGUGAAACGCAGUGACUAAGCUGCUUUGUUCGUCUGCCAGCUGCAGAGAAAACCUAAACACACUGUAGCGGUGCGGUUUGAAACGUUUUACUCGUACGAUCCAAAACGUCAGCGUUGGAAAUGCACCUGCACGCGUUUGAUCCGAGUGUGUCCGUGGACGGGAUGUCGCAGGGAUGUUUCAGAGCAGGUUGGCGCUGCAGCGGUCUGUGCCGUGCAGAGGUGAGCUCAGCGGCGCCAAACUGGGGUCAUGGGGUCAGACAUCCAGAAUGAUCCUGGAGGAGAACCAGAAUCGACGCUGGCAUUUUUAAUAUGGACCCCCAACAUUAAAAUAGCUCACUUUAUCUUAAGCCUCAGGAUUUCUCCGUUCCCUGCUUUUAACAAAAGGUUGGUCUCUGCUGCGCUUAAACCUCAGCUUUAACCGCCAUGUGUGACAACGCUGAGCUGACAAGAGUAGGAACCAGAAGAAACUGGGUGAAAGUUGUUCCAUUUACAUGAUUUACAUGAACAAAUUACAAUACGCUGUAAAACUAGCUUUGACUUGCAGUAGUGGAAAUGCACACAAUGAGGAAAUAUUCUGCAAAUAAACUGAGUACCUAAGGAUAAUUUGGAUGUUCAAUGAAGAUCUAUAUUUGUUGUGUUGGUACCGACAAAUAACCGCCUUCCCCUGAAGCUCUAAUGAUCCUUCUCAUCGGCACUCUCUACUUCUACUCUGACCUGGGUCCGAUGGAAUCCUCAUUCUCUCUGACCCUCAGCUGAGCUGCUGAGACAUGUCGUCUUCUGUAGCAUUAAACGCGCUCUUCCUGGGGCAUCCCUCCUCUGAAGGUAUUAACCUUUCGAUAGUAAGUGUAGCUGAGCAGGCAGAUGGCAGCGUAAAGAUGUAUAAAUGAAUAAUGUGUUCAGUGCCCCGGCUGACAGCUUUGGAAAAUCUACCCAAUGAAAUGUUACAAAUAGGAAACACACACAGCAGCAGAUGCCGUCUAACUUGGCACCUCUGCAACACCUCCAACACCUCAUCAGUGGAGGUGUUGGAUGAGGUGACGUCUGGAGCAGCCUGACACCUAGUGGACGCACUGGGCAACUACAUGGGCUCAAAGUCUACAAUUAAUUAAUUCAUUUUUAUGCUUGAUGCUAUUAUUAGUUCAGUGCUGUCUUAAUAUCCUAGUUUAUGACAGACCUUUGUUCCACUUAUCAUUUAGGUGUAGUUGUGAUCGGACUGAACUUUAUAAAAAAAUUAUUAAAAUGACACAAAUUAACCAAAUAAGCUUGAGUUUUCAGAUAUCAACAUUGUGUAGAGAGUCGACACUGAGACCGAGCAGUGACCAGAUCUCAAAGAAGCUUGAAAAACUAGUAGGAAUGCUGGUGUCUCAAAACUACAUGUAAAAAGAUGAAGCAGUUGGUCUGUAAUCUGAGGAUGUCCAGCUAAAGACUGUAUGAUGAACAUCCACAAGCGCUGCGUGGCCAACGUCCCGAGCCUGUGUGGGACAGAUCACACCGAGAGGAGAGGACGCAUCCAUAUCUCUGCCCGGAUCACCGAGGACACCCUGCUUGUCACCAUCAAAGAGGCUAAGAACCUGGUGCCCAUGGACCCAAACGGCCUUUCAGACCCAUACGUCAAGCUCAAGCUGAUCCCAGAUCCCAAGAGUGAGAGCAAGCAGAAGACCAAAACCAUCAAAUGUUGCCUGAACCCCACCUGGAACGAGUCCUUCACCUUCAACCUCAAAGAAAGUGACAAGGACCGUCGUCUCUCCGUGGAAGUGUGGGACUGGGAUCUGACCAGCAGGAAUGACUUCAUGGGGUCCCUGUCCUUUGGGAUCUCAGAGCUCCAGAAACAGGGCAUCGACGGAUGGUACAAACUGCUGUCUCAGGAGGAGGGAGAAUACUUCAACGUUCCCGUUCAGCCUGAUGGGGAGGACGGUAACGAGGAGCUGCGACAGAGGUUGGAGAGAGCGCGAGUGGGUCCAGGGAAGCCCACAGAUUCCUCCUCCUCCUCCUCCUCAGUCUGCAAGUUUGACAGCAAUGGCAACCAGGACCGCGUCAAGCUCUCCGACUUCAACUUCAUCAUGGUUCUCGGCAAAGGCAGCUUCGGCAAGGUGAUGCUCGCGGAGAGGAAAGGUACCGACGAGUUGUACGCCAUCAAGAUCCUGAAGAAGGACGUGGUGAUCCAGGACGAUGAUGUGGAGUGCACCAUGGUGGAGAAGCGGGUUCUGGCUCUGUCUGGGAAACCACCCUUCCUCACUCAGCUGCACUCCUGCUUCCAAACAAUGGACCGACUGUACUUUGUGAUGGAGUAUAUAAAUGGAGGAGACCUGAUGUACCACAUCCAGCAGGUUGGAAAGUUCAAGGAGCCUCACGCUGUCUUCUAUGCUGCAGAGAUCGCCAUCGGGCUCUUCUUCCUCCACUCCAAAGGCAUCGUGUAUCGGGAUCUGAAGCUGGACAACGUGAUGCUGGACGCCGAGGGCCAUAUAAAGAUCGCCGACUUUGGCAUGUGCAAAGAAAACAUGUUCGACGGCGUCACCACCAAGACGUUCUGUGGAACACCUGACUACAUAGCACCAGAGAUCAUCGCGUAUCAGCCCUAUGGGAAAUCUGUGGACUGGUGGGCCUUUGGAGUGCUUCUCUAUGAAAUGCUGGCUGGACAGCCUCCUUUCGACGGUGAGGAUGAAGAUGAGCUGUUCCAGUCGAUCAUGGAGCAUCACGUCUCUUACCCUAAAUCCAUGUCCAAAGAAGCUGUCGCCAUCUGCAAGGGGCUGAUGACCAAACACCCGGGGAAGCGUCUGGGCUGCGGUCCAGAAGGGGAGCGGGACAUCAAAGAACACGCCUUCUUCCGCUACAUAGACUGGGAAAAGCUGGAGAGUAAAGAGGUCCAACCACCUUUCAAACCUAAAGCUUGUGGGCGUGACGCGGAGAACUUUGAUCGCUUUUUCACACGCCACCCCCCAGAGCUGACCCCCCCAGAUCAGGAUCUUAUAUCCAACCUGGACCAGGAAGAAUUCCAAGGCUUCUCAUUUGUUAACCCUGAGUACCCUCACACAACCCACUGACCAUGCUACAUAUCACCGGGCCGCUAUAGUUAACCCCCCAUGCCUCAAAAACAUGCAAGAUGUUUAAAGAUGUCACAUCCAGGCUGCAGUCAGCAGAGGGAACUGUUCACUUUUGGGAAAUAGGCUUGUUUGAUUUCUUUGCCAAAGUAAGAUGAACAGGCUGGUUCGUCCAGUGUUUGGUCUGGAGCAAGAGUCAGGGGCGAUUGUUAGCUUAGCAUAAAGCCUGCGAGGAGCCAAGACCCCUCACACAGUAGGUUCUCCUAUCUGACUAAAAGAAAUGAACACUGCAUAUUUCCCCAAAUGCUCAAAUAUUCCUUUAUUAAGACUUGGAUAAAACAGCAAAGAGGUGCUCAAAUGCUAGGAAUUGGAAGAGACGCUCAGAUAUCCACGUUCUGUUUCCAGAGACGCCACUGUCCUCAGUUUACUGUGAUUUAGCAUGUUCCACUGCUGCUGCAGACACGUUCACUCCCGAACCUGCUCUGUCUGUGUCGAACACCUUGUGACUGUAAAUUGACUUUAACGACCUAUCAGUAAUAUUGAUGAGUGUACUAUGAUCACAUAUUGGUAAUAUUCAUACAGUGUAAGUGAAAACUGACCAACUGCUUUGCUAUAAUUGUUUGAGUACUAAUCAGUUUUCUAAUGUUGACUUUACUUUUGUCUAUAGGACCAAAUACUUUAUGUUCAGUCAGUGUUGUGGUGAGCUUUUCGGAACACUUUUGAAAUUUUAACCAGUCAGAGUAGAGACGUCUUUAAACAUGCAGUCUGCGUCGAGUUAGUGAUUUUUGAUUGACAGCUCUUCAUUUUUCUCACGUUUCUCCACAUGACACUGUGUUUUUAAUGACGGGGGCGUGUCUCAUACUAUCUCUGGAACACUUCACAUAUGACAGAGCCCUGUAGAAGCCUCGUGAAGCUGGUAGUGUAACUUAGGCAAACAGGUCCAGGAUGUCCAAAAGUGCCAAUACAGUAAAUCCAGUAAACUAUUGUCCUGAAUAACUGUGAUGAAGGGCAGCCAUCCUGUGCCAUGUUACAAUACAUGUAUGAUUACUAGAUUAUAGCUUAUUUGUUCACAAAUAAAACACCCAUGGAAAUGAGAUGUAAGGCAGGUUGUAUUAUUCUUUUGUUACUGUGUUAUGAUGCAGGGUAGUAACAAUGUGUCAAAUGUUCGUUGAGCUUGUAUCAAAAAGGAAGAAGGCGGCGUCAGAGAUUAGUUUCUGUUACUGUUUCCUGAAGGUUGUGAGUCUGCCAGGCGGCAAAAAGCUAGCGCUCAUUGUGACGGUUGUAACAGUGACGAAUCAGCAAUGGCAAAAACAUAUAUAUCGAAUUCUUUAUCACAGAGAUAUUUAGAUAACUUUUUUGGAUGAGAGGUUUUGUGGAUGUGUAACUGUCCUGUAUGACUGGAAGCUGAUAAUAUACUCACUGGUGCCUACCAGACUACUA